GUGCGGGGCCCCAUGUUCGCGAGGGCCUCGCCGCGCAGUGGCGGCAUUUGCCCGUCGCACGGGGCCCACCCCGGCUACGCGUCCACAGAACGCCGCGUGCAUCUUAUAAAGUUGGGCAUCUUCUGUUUCUCGCCUCCCUCACCACCGCCACCACCGCACCACACCACACCACAGUUGAGCACGCUCGCGGCCGCGGGAGCGAGCACGAGCGAGCCGGCAGCCAUGUCCGCCCCGAAGCUGGACCGCGCCCCGAGCAUCCGCGAUCGAGUCGAGGACACCCUCCACGAGCACCGCAACGAGCUCGUCGCCCUCCUUUCCAAGUACGUGAACAAGGGGAAGUGCAUCCUUCAGCCGCACCACAUCCUCGCCGCGCUCGACGAGGUCCAGGGCUCCGGCGGCCGCGCCCUCGUCGAGGGCCCCUUCCUCGACGUCCUCUGCUCCGCGCAGGAGGCCAUCGUGCUGCCACCGUUCGUGGCCAUCGCGGUGCGGCCGCGGCCGGGGGUGUGGGAGUACGUCCGCGUAAACGUGCACGAGCUCAGCGUCGAGCAGCUCACCGUCUCGGAGUACCUCUGCUUCAAGGAGGAGCUCGUCGACGGCCAGCACAACGAUCCAUACGUUCUCGAGCUUGACUUCGAACCAUUCAAUGUCUCAGUCCCACGCCCGAAUCGGUCAUCAUCUAUUGGAAAUGGCGUGCAAUUUCUCAACAGGCACUUGUCUUCGAUCAUGUUCCACAACAGAGAUUGCCUGGAGCCCCUGCUAGACUUCCUCCGUGGUCACCGGCACAAGGGGCAUGUGAUGAUGCUAAACGAUAGGAUACAGAGCUUAGGGAGGCUUCAGUCUGUGCUGACAAAAGCUGAGGAGAAGUUGUCAAAGCUCCCAGCUGACACACCAUACUCACAAUUUGCUUAUCAAUUUCAAGAAUGGGGCUUGGAGAAAGGUUGGGGUGAUACAGCUGAACAUGUUUUAGAAAUGAUUCAUCUCCUUCUGGAUAUUCUUCAAGCGCCUGAUCCAUCAACACUGGAGACAUUCUUGGGGAGGAUCCCCAUGAUCUUUAAUGUUGUUGUAGUAUCCCCUCAUGGAUACUUCGGUCAAGCUAAUGUAUUAGGCUUGCCAGACACAGGAGGACAGGUUGUCUAUAUACUGGACCAAGUUCGUGCAUUAGAGAAUGAGAUGGUUCUUCGGUUAAAGAAACAAGGGCUCGAUGUUACCCCUAAAAUUCUCAUUGUUACUCGGCUGAUACCAGAUGCAAAAGGGACAUCAUGCAAUCAGCGGCUUGAGAGAAUAAGUGGAACACAGCAUACUUACAUAUUAAGAGUUCCCUUCAGAAAUGAAAAUGGUAUACUCAAGAAGUGGAUAUCAAGAUUUGAUGUGUGGCCAUACUUGGAGAAAUUUGCUGAGGAUGCUUCUGGUGAAAUUGCUGCAGAAUUACAGGGCACUCCAGACUUCAUAAUUGGAAACUACAGCGAUGGAAAUCAUGUGGCGUCGUUGCUAUCUUACAAGAUGGGGAUUACCCAGUGCAAUAUUGCUCAUGCUCUGGAAAAGACUAAAUAUCCUGAUUCAGACAUAUACUGGAAGAAGUUUGAUGAGAAGUACCAUUUCUCUUGUCAGUUCACUGCUGAUAUAAUAUCUAUGAACAAUGCUGAUUUUAUUAUCACAAGCACAUACCAAGAAAUUGCCGGAAGCAAAAACACUGUUGGACAGUACGAGAGUCAUACUGCUUUUACUCUUCCUGGCCUGUACCGUGUUGUCCAUGGGAUUGAUGUUUUUGAUCCGAAGUUCAAUAUAGUCUCUCCUGGAGCGGACAUGUCCAUAUAUUUUCCACACACUGAAAAGGCCAAGCGGCUCACUUCCCUUCAUGGUUCAAUCGAAAACUUAAUUUACGACCCAGAGCAAAAUGAUGAACACAUUGGGCAUCUGGAUGACCGAUCAAAACCCAUCCUCUUCUCCAUGGCAAGACUUGACCGGGUUAAGAACAUAACGGGACUGGUUGAAGCUUUUGCUAAAAGCACUAAGCUAAGAGAGCUAGUAAACCUUGUUGUCGUUGCUGGGUAUAAUGAUGUAAAAAAAUCCAAGGACAGAGAAGAAAUUGCAGAGAUAGAGAAGAUGCAUGAACUUAUUAAGACCUAUAACUUGUUCGGGCAGUUCCGUUGGAUCUCUGCUCAGACAAACAGGGCUCGUAAUGGUGAGCUCUAUCGCUACAUAGCUGAUACUCGUGGUGCUUUUGUACAGCCAGCCUUUUAUGAAGCAUUUGGUCUCACUGUUGUGGAGGCCAUGACCUGUGGACUCCCUACUUUUGCAACACUCCAUGGAGGGCCUGCUGAGAUUAUAGAGCAUGGUACCUCGGGUUUCCACAUUGAUCCUUACCAUCCUGAGCAGGCUGCUAAUCUGAUCGCUGAUUUCUUCGAACAAUGCAAACAAGACCCCAGCCACUGGGUUCAAGUAUCUGAAGCUGGCCUUAAGCGCAUAUAUGAAAAGUACACAUGGAAGAUAUACUCUGAGAGGCUGAUGACAUUGGCUGGGGUCUAUGGUUUCUGGAAGUAUGUCUCGAAGCUUGAGAGGCGGGAGACUAGGCGUUACCUUGAAAUGUUCUACAUACUGAAGUUUCGUGAGCUGGUGAAGACCGUGCCGCUUGCAAUAGAUGAGACGCACUAAUUGUUCCCUUCCCAGGGAAAAAUCUGAAUGUUAUCAGAGUAAGGUGCUCCGGACGGUAAUAAAAUGUGUAUAUGCGCCCGUCUAUCUGGUACUGAACCUGUUGUCUCUGUAACUAAAUUUGUGGGACAUCUUGGUUAUGUAAUGUUUGAUGAUGCUCUUUUUUAUGUCAAACUGCAAUCCGUUGCUCUUUGUGGUUUUUAA